CAGGCUCCAAUAGGAAUGACCAGGGGGCGUCUCUGUUUUUUAUUGCUUAUCUUCACGUUUACCGUCUUGAUUCAUUCGGUAUUACAAAUCGCGGAUAUUCGUCAUUUUUCUCAAAACGAGGCCCUCAAGUUUCCACUCCGGAUAGAAAAUGGUGGCAGCAUCCUCGACAAUACUAAUGAUCGAAUAUUUUGGUUCAUGCAGUUUUCAGAUCUCCAUUUAAGCAAAUUUACGGAUAGCGGGAGGACUCCAGAUUUUAGAAAAGUGUGUAAUUCACAUAUUAAAAUUAUCCAUCCGGAUGUUGUUAUUGUUUCCGGAGAUAUAACAGAUUCCAAGUUUCCGAAAUUUAAAGGCUCUCAACAAUUUAAAGAGGAAUGGAUUGCGUAUAGCCAAAUAAUUAAGGAAUCUGGUGUAAAUAACCAUACUAUUUGGUUAGAUCUUCGUGGAAACCAUGAUAAUUUUAAUGUACCUUCCGUUGAGUACCCCGAAAACCUUUUCAGGAAAUAUUCAAUUUCUGGUCAUAACUUCACGCACUCUUACAUGAUAACUCAUCGAAAAUCAUUCGGUACUUACACGUUCAUUGGUAUGGACGCAUGUCCUACCCCCGGUUUGAAACGUCCAUUCAAUUUCUUCGGCUUAAUAACAAGGGACUUGUCGAGAUCUCUUUCUACCUUCGCUACCAAGGCGCAAGGCAGCAACCAAACAUUCUGGUUCGGUCAUUAUCCCACCUCAACAAUUGUUUCCCCUGGUUUUAAUCUUCGCAAACUUAUUAGUGAGACCGCGUAUUGCUAUCUCUGUGGUCAUCUGCACACUCUGUUAAAUUUGGUUCCAGCGAUGUACACCGUCCAACCUCAGGGCUUUCUGGAACUCGAAUUGUCCGACUGGCGUGAUGGUCGAUUCUUUCGCAUAGUAGCAGUUGACAAUGACCUGGUAUCGUUUGUGGACAGUCAACUGCAUGAAGACGAGAGACAAGACUGGCCAAUUGUGCUCAUCACCAAUCCCAAGGACGCCGCCUUCCUCCUGCCAAAUAAGGAGCCAACCGGUCGUAUUCGCACUUCCACGCACAUACGUGUUCUCGCCUGGUCGAACAGCCCAAUAACUCGAGUUUCGGUGACAGUUGACAACGUGUAUUUGGGUGAGGCGAAACCAGCCGUCAACGUCCUUUCCUCCUCAAACUCCUCGCCCCUCUUCGUUUUGCCAUUUAACCCCACUGAACUUAUGAGACAAGGACCCAACGUGCACACCAUCAGUGUCGUCUGCAAGGUACGAGUCACACUUUCGAAGUCUCCAUUCUCGAGCUCUUUAAACCCUUAA